GUGUCUCCUAUUUAUUCAGGGGUGGCUACGAGUCUGCUUCCAAGCACUUCAAUCCAGCCGAUGUGGAGGUGGACGUGGCUGGAAGAUCCUUCCUGGUCACCGGUGCAAACAGUGGCAUUGGCAAGGCAACAGCUACAGAGAUAGCGAGGAGAGGUGGCACGGUUCAUCUGGUUUGCCGAAAUAAGGAACGGGCUGAGGUCGCCAAAGGAGAAAUAGUGACAGAAACGGGAAAUCAGAAUAUCUUCUUGCAUAUUGUGGAUAUAUCUAAUCCUAAAGAAAUCUGGAAAUUUGCUGAAAAAUUCAAAAAUGAACAUAAAUUAAAUGUGUUGAUCAACAAUGCAGGAUGUAUGGUGAAUAACAGAGAAUUAACUGAAGAUGGACUUGAAAAAAACUUUGCAACAAACACUUUGGGUACAUACAUUCUGACAACUGCCCUGCUGCCCCUCCUGGAAAAAGAAGCGGAUGCCAGAGUGAUAACUGUCUCAUCUGGGGGCAUGCUCGUUCAAAAAUUAAACAUCUCUGACUUGCAGUCGGGAAACGGGACAUUUGAUGGAACGAUGGUGUACGCACAAAACAAGAGACAGCAAGUUGUCUUGACAGAACAAUGGGCAAAAGCUCACAGGAACAUCCAUUUCUCUGUGAUGCACCCUGGCUGGGCAGACACUCCAGCUGUGAGAUCCUCAAUGCCGGAUUUCUACCAGAAGAUGAAGAAUACCCUGCGCACAGAGGCGCAGGGAGCUGACACUGUUGUAUGGUUGGCAGUAUCGCCUGAAGCAACGAAGUUACCAAGCGGCUUGUUCUUCCAAG